AUGUUUAAUAGUGUACGAAGGUACCUUUUUAGUACAGGUUCUUUGUUUACCUGGGGCUCAUCUAAUGGGAGUUUAGGUUAUGCAGUAGGAAGUCAACAAUAAAUGAAAGGAGUUUCGAUGCCUUAAUUAGUCAAUGGAUUUAAUAAUAAUGUAGCAUAAGUCUAAAUGGGUUAAAACCAUUCAGCUUUAAUCACAAGUGAUGGAGAGCUCUAUACAUGGGGGACUGGUAAUAGUGGAUAAUUGGGACAUAACAAUGGUAUUGAUCUGAUUGCAAAUUAGAUAAGGAUUAUAAUACACCUUAAUUAGUUGAAUUCUUUACAAAACAUAAUCUUAAAGUGAAAUAAGUUGCAUUGGGGGAUUAUCAUACAGUUGCUUUAACUCAUGAUGGAGAUGUUUGGACUUGGGGAUAUGGAGGCAAAGAAUAAAACUUUUUAAUGGAUUUAUUAUUUUUAUAAGUUGGAGCAUUAGGUCAUGGUGAUUCAAAAAAUAGAUACACACCUACUCCAGUGAAGGCAUUAAGAUCACUUAAGAAAAUUAAAUAUAUUCAAUCAGGAUUGAGAUUCACAAAUGCCAUAAAUGAAAAUAAUGAGUUAUAUGUGUGGGGUAAAGGUGAUUACGGUGUAUUUGGAGAUGGAAAUAAUAAGUCUUUCAAUAUUCCCUAAAGAAACGAGUUUUUUGAGGGAUACUUAAAGAAAGAAUUAAAUCUUUCCAUUGUUAAAUUAAAGUCUUGCAAUAACUAUUCAGUAGCUUUGAUGAGUGACGGAAAUCUCUAUGGAUGGGGUAGUAAUGAUUUUGGGUAAAUGGGCAUCAAAAACGAGAUUGGAGUUGAAAUAUAUGAGACAGCCAAUUUUCCAACAUAGGUUGUGAGAGACAAAUUUGGAAAUAAUAAGAUUGUAGAUUUUGUUGUUGCAGAAGAUCUUGUAGCAGUACUCUUAGAUAAUAAUGAAGUUUAUUGGUCUGGCAGUAAGGCUGAAUAUUCUCCAGUUAGGUAGAUUCAUAAUUUAAUUUAUUCAGAUUUCCUCUACCCAGUGGCAUUGCUAAAAUUACAAAUAUUGGAUGUUGUCAUAGAUGCAUAGUGGUUGCAACUGAGGAUGGAAAGCUAUAUUACAGAAAGAAAUUCUUUGGAGAAGGAAAUGAAGAUCUUUCAACUGGAAUUAUCACGAAUGAUGUUGCCACAGUAUUUUAAAAUUAAAAUGCUGAAGUUCUUGAAUUUGGAGGAGCAUAUCGUAAUCGUUAUGCUAUUGUCUAAAUUUGAUCCAUUAUUUUAUUAAUAAAACAAUAUAGAUUAAUA